GAAGUAGAGAGCUAGAUAUCUCAUACAUUCUUCGAAAAAGGAAUAUAACUUAGAAAUAUAUAUACAUAUACACAUGGCUUCUUCUAUAUCAUCUCUUAAAAGCUUUAUCAACCGGCCAUUAAACAGGCACAAGGUUCUCACUAAGCACCCAUCAGUGGUCAGAUCCCAGGUCUUCAAAUCUGAUGAAGGAAAGUCGGCAAAGAAUAUUGUGGAUGCUAAUCUAAGUGUUUUAAGAGAUAAAAUAGAAGAGGUGAGGACGAAGGAAAGAAUGGAAAAAUAUAUGAUGACGAAGAACAUUGGUUGGAAUAAUAGUACUACUAAUAACAGUAAUAAUAGUAGUAUUAUUGGAUGGAAUAAACAGAAGCGAAAUGAUCAUAAUCAUAAUCAUAAUCAUGAUGGGUUGGCUAUAAUGUUAUGGGAGUACUCCUUAGAGCUUUUGGGUUUGGGAAGUGCCGCAAUUGGCCUUGCUUUUCUCAGUGGCACUCUUUGCAUCUACCUUGUUUCCUUCAUAGUUCACUUGACCAAAUUAAAUUACUUCUAAAAAAGCUUCAAUUUGAUUUGGUAUAUAUAUAUGGUCAUAUCUACUUGUAAAAAAUGAUCAAAUUGUAAAAAUCUAUUAGAGCUAGCUAGCGUUGUAUGGAAAUGCAUGUGUCGUAGCAGCGGAGGUCGUUGAUGAUCAAAAGAUCACUACUACAUGGAU